UUGAUAGUGAAUAUUUCGCUUAAUAUUUAGACAAUAAACUUUUUCAACCAAAAUAAUUCAACACUCAUUACAUAUUUAAUUGAGGCAAUUGUAAUGAAUCAAGCUACUCUAUUAAAUGUCAAAAACUGACUGGAAGGAAUGUUUAAACUGGCUACUUCGCUGUAACGCUAUUCCACAUGCAAAAGUUAUUAGCAAUGCUAUAGAUUUAGCUCAAAUUUUAAGAGAUGGAGUCAUUUUAUGUAAUUUAUUGAAUCAUCUCCACCCAAAUUGUAUAAAUACAAAGGAUGUCAUAUUAAAACCACAGAUGGGGCAAUUUUUUUGUCUCAGAAAUAUAAGAUUAUUUCUCCAAAAAUGUCAAAUAUUAUUUUGCUUAAACACAAAUGAACUGUUUGAUCCUUGCAUGUUAUAUGAUUUAUCAGAUUUUGCCAAAGUAAUUAACACAUUGUCAAUAUUAUCAAAAACCUCUAAAGCUAUAAAAAUUACAUGUGGAUUUGAUUUUGAAGAAGAAAAUCAUUUAGCUGAACAUGAAGACAAAAGUGAUACAUAUAAGGAUUUUGAAAUUUUUGCAGAUCAAGACGAUUUGAAAGAAAGACAGAGUAUAACUGUCACGGAUCAAAUUACCAACACGGACGACGAAUUGUACGAACAGUUAUGCACUUUGAAACGUAAUAACCAUCAGAUAUUGCUGUCAUCUCCGAAGGAUAAACGGGAGCACUGCAUAAGAGAGUUGAUGGAUACCGAAUCGAAUUACAUCAAGGCCCUCAAGGACGUUGUCAAUAAUUUUAUGGAACGAAUGAAAAGCAUCUUAUCACCACGGGAUAUAAAUAUCAUAUACGGAAAAAUUGGGGUUUUGAUAGAAAUUCAUGAAAAAUUGGAAAAAAGAUUUAACGAGGCCACUUCUCUUUGCAGUGUGGGAUCUAUUCCCAACCUCAAUCGCUUAUCAUUUGAUUCUCGUUUACAUGCAAAUAUUCUGACUGCAGGUCCUUUAUACAUCGGUGACUGCUUUCAAGAAUUUGCUGACAAAUUUUUGGUGUACGGAGAAUAUUGCACGCAAUUGGGUCAAAGUCAAGCUUACAUAGACAGGUUACUGGAAUGUAACGAUAAGUUCAGGACCAUGCUCUGGGAAUGCCAAAUAAGCGCUAGCCAGGGGAAAUUUCAUUUGAGAGACCUCAUAGCGUUACCUAUGCAAAGAAUUCUCAGAUACCACAUUUUGAUCAAGGAAUUGCUCAAACACACCCCCGAUAAUACAGACGAAAAGGUGGCCUUGUUAAAAGCUCUGGAUUCUAUGCUGGACUUGACCGAUUACGUGAACGAAGUGAAGCGAGAUGCGGAGGACAUGGAAAUGACUAACGAUAUACAAAGGAAUAUCAGCCGCCUCACCAUGCCUGAGGAUUCAAAACUGAGUGUAUAUGGGAGAUUAUUGAAAGAUGGCGAACUCAAGGUGAAAAGUAGAUUGAAUUCCAGACUUAAAAAUAGGUUUAUCUUUUUGUUCGAUACCAUCAUCCUUUUGUGCAAAUCAACCAAAUCGGACACUUACAAUUUCAAGGACUCACUAUCACUGAGCGAGUUUCGCGUGAAUUUGCCGCAAAUUCCGGAACCCAUGGCCAAAGAUUUCCUUUCCUCCCUGAGAAAUAAAAAUAAUGGCUGCCCUUUAAAUAUAGAUAUAACCACUACAGCCUGGUGGAAACAGAAAUACAAAAAGGAAUCCAAGUGGGGUUAUCAAUGGGUGCUAGAAUCUUUUGACCAUCAAAAUGUUUACAAUAUCUACGCUAAAACUUACGAUGCCUGGUUAAAAUGGUUGCAAGUUCUUUUAUUAGCUCAGGACAAUAUAAAGCCUCACACACGAAAUCGCACCAACCAUCUCUUCGAUUACGUGUCUUUCCCGCAGCCGACGCGAUGCAGUUUUUGCAAAAAACUUUUGAAGGGAAUUAUAUAUCAGGGUUAUCAAUGCAGAGAAAGAAAAUGUGGAUACGCGGUGCAUAAGCAAUGCAUAGAAUUGUUAGACGUUGGAUGCGAACCAAUUCAAAACAAUUUGAUGGCCGAUUCCCAUACAUCUCAGCCGCCUGUCGUGCCGAUACGGGCUUUCGAUGAUUUGCCUAAUAAAGAGUCGAAAAUAGCUAAAAAUUAUUUAGAAAAGCCUAAAGACACCUUACCUAUAAAUGGUUCUUCAUCAACUACUCACAACACACCACGCAGGCAUCAAAGCUCUAUCGAAAUUGGUCAUAGUAAAUCGCCGAAUAUCAACAAUCAAAUUUCCAAAAAUUAUUAUAAUCUCAACUUGAAUGCCAAAUCAUGGUUUAUAGGGGAUAUGAAUCGAGAAAAGGCUAAACUUUUACUACAAUCAUGUCCCUCAGGUACCUUUCUAGUUAGAUUCAGCUCCCAACAAGGCGGUAACCCGGUUAUAACUCUAAAGUAUUUCGACGACGUUAAACACAUAAAAAUAUUGAAAAAUGAGCCCAAAGGUUAUUACAUAUCAGAUCACCAUUAUUUUGCCAGCAUAGUUGAACUCGUUUCUCAUUAUCAGACCUGCUCGCUGGCUAAAUUUUUUAAGGGCUUGAACACAGUCCUGGCUCAUCCUUACCUUUCAGAGCCAUUCAAAAAGAUGAAAACAUUCGGUUCCCACGACAGUCUGAUCCCUGAAGCGCCUUCCAAUUUUAAAAUCCACGAGCACAAAAAAUCGUCUUCAUCUAGCUCUUGCAGUUCCAAUGCUGACUCCUCUUCCUUACCCCCCACAGAGCCUUCUUUCCUCGAUUCGCCCGCCCUACAAAAGAAACCCCAUAUCGAACGAAUGUCCAGGUGCUACAAGCAGAAAGCACCCCUUCUUGCCGGGCCGAAUCUCUUAUCUCCAACUGUGAAACCGUCAGCUUUAACUGGACGGGCCUAUGUUGGCCGUGCCACUGCAAUCUUUGAUUUUAUUGCUCAGUCUGAUAAAAUGUUAUCACUUACCAAGGGAGAUAAACUUCUCAUAAUCGAUAAGAUCGGAACCGAAAAGGGCUGGUGGAAAGGUCAAUUACUUAAUCAAAGCCGAACAGGAUACUUUCCCAUUAAAUACGUAACCGAAGAAGAUUAAAAUUUUACUCGCUCAUUCUUUGAAAAUUGGGAAAAAUACUAACCCUUAAGCCAUCUAUAAUUUUUAUUUAUAUUUAAAUAUAACAAUAUUAAAUUCCUAAUUAUUCAUGUAUUGUUAACUAUGUUGAUCCUUGUUAAAUGUUUAUUUUUUAAUU